UCAAUCCCUCAAUGACAUCAGCUGUUAAAGGGGUGUUGCACGACAUUACAUUAUAAAUAAUUAUAUUUCUGACAUCUUAUUUUGUUAGUUUCGAUUGUUGUAGCUCUUUCAAACUGUUUGGUUAAAAUGUUUAUUUUACAAUCUUAAAUGACAGAAGGCUUUUUCGCAAAUAAAGAUCAUAAAAUUCAUGGAACACGGGAUGAGAAUGUUUUUAAUUAAAAAAAGCUUGUGAUGUUUGUUUUGAUACAUGUUGGGAAGUAUCUUCUUUGUUGCCAUAUCACCAAAAAUGUUUGUUUUGACAAGAUUCUGUAGGGGAUGAGGUUUGAAGAAAGGGAUUGCCAAUAUUUUAACCGUGUGAUCCUCGUUGAAUGUGUUUAUUUUUCGCCAGACGUAAUGCACGUAUGCUGACAAUAAUCUACGUAGGUCUCGUUGAAAUCGGAGAUGUGGAGGCCUGUCAGAAGAAAGUCUAGACAGCGUUGGUUGGAUGAUGUUUUUGCAUGUGUUUGUAAAUUACCUUAUUAUGCUAGGCUAGAGUAAUGUCUUGUUUUUAUUUAGCUAAUUGUUUUGUAAUUUAAUUGUUUGUAAUGGAGAUAACUACGCCAGUUCCCAAGCCGAGACAGUCGCCUCUUCAUAUUUCUGAAUCUUCAAUGAAAAAGCCGAUUCCGUUGCCACGGCAUAAAGGUGAGACCACUAAAAUGAGUGGAAUAAAUCCCUAUGAACUUGAACCUGAAAAUUGUACAAGUCAACCAAAUUCUUCGUCUUCAGUUUGUGUUGAAGUUAAUGGUAAAACGCAGGACAUUUUGAGAAAGCAUGAUAUUUCACAGAGUAAAGUCAAGUCGGUUAUAGAAACCACACAUAACGUUAGUUUACGUUUGAAGUCUGUCCGUAACAUGAUUUCGAGAAGACGCGAAGCACAGAAGUCAUUCCCGAUUACUAUGAAUGCUGACGUUAAAUUCGAAAGAAGUCAGUCGCUGCCAACAGAGGAUAUCUUCAAAACUAUUUCAUUUAAUUCCCCAAUAAAUAAGGAUCAUAAUGGAACAGAAAGUUCAGAAGAAGAGAUUUAUGAAGAUGAGAGUUCAAGACCACCACCACCUGUCUAUCCUCCACCACCUCUUCCAGAUGAAUCAGUUUAUGAUGAAUUGCAACCUUCUUCUUUGGUACAGGUAAUAAGCAGUGAUGAGAAAAAUUUUAAAGAAAAGUUUGAGAAAGAUUUAAAUUAUGAAAAUGUUUGUAUUUUAGGAAAUAGAAGAGUUCAAGUUGCUGAUAAUACUGAUAGUUCAACUACUAAACCUGGCAAUGCAACUAUCGAUAGAACCUCAAUAUCUCGUUCAGAUUCGUGGAGUUUCUAUGAUUCAGUGCAUGAAAAUGAUUUUUAUGCAAAUGUUCCAGAUAAGAAAAUUUGUGAUGUGUUAAAUGAGAGAUCUAGUUCAGCCCAGGAUAGUAUUUUCAGUAAAGGAUCAGCGUCCUCUCCUACGUGGUAUUCAGCUAGCGGCAGUGUGUCACCAUCACUUUUGAGUGAGUUAGAAGCUUUGAGAUACUGUAGCAGUGAUGAAGAAUCAAUUAGUUCAUCACUACCGUCUUCGUUUUCUGUUCGAAAUAAACUGUAUGAAAAUUGGGACGCUGCUUCCAUUAAGACAUGUGAUUCUGAUAUCUCAAGGGCAUCAGGUAGACAUGCCCAACAGGGCAAGUCUGUCAUUUAUGAGUUUGACCCUCUAUUCGAGAUGGAAGAGCCUUGUCCUUCUUUGGUCAAAGAUAGCGAACUCUUGGCCGGUUCUGCCGGCAUAACUGUUACGGAUCUAAAAUCAGCCUUGCACUCUCCAUAUGGUAGAAUCGCUAAAAGCUCUUCAACCAAAUUCGUCCCGUGUGCAGAGAGUCAAGUGAGUACCGAUCAGAGUCGUGCAUACAUAGUUCACCCUCCAUCUCCUCCGUCCAGGUAUGAGACUAUUGCCUUGUGUCAGGAUUCUCCAGAUAAUGACAAUCAAGGUGAUAGGAUAUAUGCCAAUGUGGAGAUAUCCAGAGGCCAAACUUCCAGGAGUGAGGAGAGUGCAGAAUCUAACCAGAGUGUCACAAGUGGUGAUACUGAUACCUCACCACCGUCAGUCUUGGCAGAUGCACCUUUGUCGACAGUGAACGUCGACUCACCUGAAGGUGAUCGCCUGGAACCUCUUCGUCUGACACGUGGCGCAGCUACGCGGGGUGGUGCAGUGCUAGGGCAGAACAAGCCAGGUCGCGUGGUUCGCUGGGAGAGCAUGAAGAGGGCGCUGCAGCGUGUCGCUGAGAGCCCCAACUGGUCGCCGGCGAUCGUACGCCGGAGCAAAAACCUGCUGGGCGGGAAGAAUAGUUCACCGGAAGCAAAUCAGAGCUCCGUCUUCUACGACAGGAUGCGGAUGGAGACGGCCACUGCGGAACACAUCGCGAACAUGGCUCACGAGUGUUUGCCUCACUGUGGGGAGCUGUUUAGAGUCACCGGUACAUCCGACCGUCAGAAGGAGGUGGUUAGUAACUGGUGUAUUUUGGCAGAAGGGAAGCUGUCUUGUUUUCUCGACAAAACUGGAUCUGAUAUAAAAGAUGUUAUUCCCUUGGAGAGCAUAGUGAGCGUAAACAUCUUGCCAGAUUACAAAGGAAGUAAUGCAGGUGAUGAGAUACACUGCUUUGAGCUGGAGGUGUCGUGGAAGAACCGGAGCUACGUGUUCGGGUCGUCUUCCACGACAGAGCGCAGGGUGUGGCUGCAGAAGAUCAUUGAAUCGCUAACCAAAGUGUUCCCACUGCGCAUUUCGUCAGAGUUCACUCGAAGUGGUUGGUGCUAUUUGAAGGAAGGUAUCAAUGGAAUUUGGAAUUUGGCUUGGCUCUUGCUUCAUCAAAGGACAUUAUUUUUUUGCUCAAAAAAUGGAAGUUUGCAGGAGUGUGAUUUAAGAAAAGCCAUCAGCAUUGUGUUGCAGGAGCACAAGGGCGAGGAUGGCGCCGGGCCGGUGGUCCGGGAGAAGGGACCCCGCUUGCUGGUGGACCUUCCCGGCCAGACUCUGUACUGCCAGCUGGACGCCCCUCGGCUGACGGAGGCAUGGCGCGCCGUGCUGCACGCUGCGGCCGUCAACAACGGCCCCAACCUCGCCCAGCAGCAGCUGACGCGCGACGACGUCCCUGUGGUCGUGGAGAAGUGCAUCAACUUCGUGUACGCUCACGGAAGCAUGUCCGAGGGCAUAUACCGCCGCAGCGGGACCAACUCUAAUGUUACGAAACUCCUGGCUUUGUUUCGUCAAGACGCCUGGGCUGUUCAGAUAUCAAAGCAAGAAUAUUCAGAGUAUGAUGUUUCUGGUGUACUGAAGAGAUUUUUCAUCGAGUUGCCGGAGCCGCUUUUUACCACUGAGCUUCAUGCUCAGCUUUGUGAAAUUGCAGACAGGAAGCUGGGGAAGACUGAGCAGGACUGCCUGGUUCACUACCGUCACGUGCUGGAGCAGUUGCCGCCAAUCAACUUCCUGACAGCUCGCAGGCUCAUUGGCCACUUGUACUUCAUCCACGAGCUGCACGAGAGGAACCUAAUGCCAGUCGAGAACCUGGCUGCCAUUUGGGGCCCGACGCUCAUGCACUUGGAGGACGAUGAGUUCCAGAAGUGGUCGAAGCUGGAGUCGGCGGUGGUGGCGGACCUGAUCGCCCUGUACCCGGGCCUGUUCGACGUGGACGCGGAGGAGCUGAGCAAGGAGAGGAGGAUGAAGGAGGUGCUGGAGCACUACCACACGAGCACCACCGACGUGCACCGGCGCAAGCCCUCGGGCGACCUCAAGAUGUGGGUCUACCUGGAGAGUGCCUCCAGCAGCAAGUGCUUCAGUGUCACGCUGAGCCCGCAGCGCCAGGCGGGCGACGUGUGCCGGGAGCUGGCGGCCCGCUCGCCCUGGCCCGCGCACCAGCUCUGCCUGGAGGAGGUGGUGCUGGGGGGAGCCCUGGUGCGGCCGCUGCACCACUCGGAGCGCGUGCUGGACGCCGUGCUGCGCUGGAGCCUCUGGGACGACGCCGACUGUAGGGACAACUGCCUCGUGCUCACCCGCUGCACCCUCUUCUCCGAGACGCACCCCUUCACCAAACAACCAUUGACAAUGUGUGGUGAGCUGCGUUUCGCUGAUCAGAAGUCCAAGUCCUUCAGGAGUUACUUGUUUGAAUUCAGCCAAGCAAAGUUAUGUUAUUACAAAGAUAAAAGGGGCUCUAUAAAACUAAAUGAAUGGAAAAUUGAAGAUAUUGUUUGGUAUCUUGGACAUGAGCCAAAGAGAGACCCCCAAGUGAGGUGGUCUGUAACAUUUAUUCCAAAAACUGGAAAACCUAAAAGGUCAAAGGAUAGUCCGUACUUUGGCUGCACGAUGGCGGGAACCUCCAAGGAUGAGCAGUUGCGAUGGCUGAGUGCGAUGCUGGGUGGUGAGUACCCGCAGGGGCUGCUGCCGCCCGUCGUCUUGCUGGUGUGAGGGCUGCCGUGCUGAGUCCUUGCCAUGUCGUCCCACCAGAGUGUCAGGCGACUGCUCGGCGUUUACUUCUGCUGUGCAUGAACUGAUUGCAUGUUGGUGCUAGGGGAUGCAUUUUUGUAUAUAUAGGUAAGAAUAGCAUUUAAUUUAGUGACAAUUGUAUCAAGUUUAUAUUAUAUUAUCAGUUUUAUAUUAUAAAAAUAUAUUUGAUUUUUAAGUUUAUAAUUAUAUUAUGUAUGGGUGUAUGUAGAAGAUAUAUUUUAACUUUUCAGUUGAAUGUACAUACUACCUACCUACUGAUGGCAGUUUUAAAAGAUAACGGCUCUCUUGAAUUUUUUGUGCAAUAUUACAGUGUAGUAUGUAUCAACUUAAUGAUAGCUUUAUUCAUUUUGAUAGGCUAUGUAGAAUGUAAUCUCAGUACAAAGUAUGUAUUUUACUUUUAAGUAAUUCUCACUUGUAAGGAUAUAAUUAUACAUGUAUUUUUUCCUUAAAAAACACUUUACAUUUAAUAAUAGUAAAGUAUAAUGUACUUUCAUUAUUAAAUACCAUAAUUAAGGGUUUUUCUGGUACAGUUUAAUGAAAUUUCAUUUUAAUGUAUCUGGAUGGAUUUACAUAUGGGUUAUAGAAGAUUAUAAUUUCAUUUUAGCGACCACAUAGAAAAAGAUAUUUAACAAAACAUGCAUCAAAUAUUUUGAAUUGCUUUUUGUGUUCUCAUAAAAUAAUUUUAAUUUUGUAACUGUGGUGACUGACAUGAAAACUUAUAUGCGCCAUCAUCUUAAUAUUUAAACUAGUCUAGUGCAACAACUUUGAUGUAAUCACAGAGUUAUCCAUUGUAAUGGGUCAUUCAGAGUUGAUGUUUUGACAACUUUGGUAACUUAGUGUGUGUAUCUUGCUGUUAGUAUAUCCUUGGUUGGCAUACCUGACCUAAUCAUUUAGGUAGGGGAAUAGAACAAGCGACUUUUCAGUGACCAAGGAUUGCUUGGAAAUAACCCUUUGGCCAGUUUCUGAAGCAAUAUUGAGUUCAGGACAUUGUUUUUUUGUCAUACAAAGCAUAUGGGAGGGGGGAGGGCACUAAUUUUAGACAGCACUUGUUAAGUAUUAACACACACAAUAGUGAUCCUUCUGCUAUUUGUUACUGGCAGUCGCUUUUACGGUUCCUCUCAGACAUGCCGUGUUUCCUUUUUUUCUGCCAUAGACACACACACACACACACACACACACACACACAUGAAUAUGCACACACAUACACACACAUGCAUAUGCGCACACACACCGGUAAUGCUUAUUGCUUACCAAGUGUUUAUUAAGACUUGGCCGUGCCCACCUCUAAAGUCCCUAGACUGUGGAUAUGUAACAAAAAUAAAUAAAUAAAUAAUAUGAUUAAAAAAAGGACCUCCCCACUAAGCCUUUUAUCACUCUUAUGACCAGAAACUUACAUCUUUUACAGUAUGGAGCAUCAUACUAAUACCUAACUACGAGUUGUCUGUGUAGCAGCAUAAAGUGUAUGACCUCAAAAAGGAAAGUGUAAAAUAGCAAAUAGGCGUAUUCAGCUAAUUUUCCUGCUGUUGCCAAGUUCAUGUAUGGGAGUACUGCCAUAUCUGCUACCACUUCUUCGGUCUCAGUGAAGGUGCUGGCAGCUGCUCACGGCUGUGGUAACGUCUCAUCCUUAGUUUGCAAUGUGCAUUUUAAAGGACAUUUACUCUCUCCACUGCAAGAUAUCUGUCAUUUAGCGCUAUCCUUGAUUCAGUGUGUUCUGUUGCUGGAUAUAUGCCAUAAAGCACAACAGUUUUAGACAUGCCUUUAUAGAAUAAAGAAAUUUUUUUUUCCUAUCUGAAACAUUGUAUUUUUUAAAGGAAAUUUUGGAAUAGGAUUUUAAAAGUAAAUUAUCUUGUACGUAUUUAUUUAGAGCAUCAUUUGAUGAUAAUCAAUUUUUAUUUCUAAAAAGAUGCAACUGAAAGAUGCCAUCUUGGUUUCAAUAAUUUUUGUUAAAAAGAUUUUUAUAUAAUUUAAUAUUGAAAAUGUAGAUAUGGUUUGAGCAUAGCACAUAAUUUAAAGGAAUGCCUUAUUAAUAGUGACAGACUACUACAAAUAGUUUAUUCUGUGAAAAGAUAGUUGGUGUUUAGCAUUUUUUCUUUCAUAAAAACAGCUGUAAUAAUACCAUCCAUACACUAUUUUCUUAUUUAAAACAAAAUAAAUAUAAUUAGCAAUGAAUGGUGCAAAAAAUAAGAUUUUUAAUGAAUUUGGGAACAGUGGGUGCCAUUUACUCUGUAUUGCAGUCUUAAGUGUGAGACACUCUCUAACUGUGCCGAUCAUCACCAAAGGGCAGGAACAAGCCUAUCUGUUUUAGAGCUACAGAAAUAAAAGCAUGUGGCAGUUAGUAAGACUAUCUUCUCUUCUGAAUUAAUUAUAAUUGAUUUCAGGGUUAUUCUGAAGAUUUUCUAAUUGACCUUUGGCAGUCUUUUCUUCCAACCACUUUAAGAAGUUUGACCAAAACAUAGCCAGUCGUACACCUUUCCCAACUGAUUACCUACAUAUCGAGACAAGCUGUAUCAUAUUUUUAAUGUCCUCUUGACUAAAAGAACCCCGCUCAGCAAGAAUGCACCAUAUAGGCCAAAGGCUUUCAUUGUUAGCCAUUCACCCCCAGACUACUAAGCUGCAGACCCAUCCCAAAUUAUCAAGGGUUUUGCUUACUUGAAGACCCAACCAUGUGCCAGGUUAGUGAUUCAUAUUUUAAAUUUUAUUAAGCACGAUCAAGUCACUAUCAACAAAAUCACUUUUAAAUGUAAACUGCACUGUGCAUUGCAAAGAAAAUAACAUAGUUGGUGAACGUUUACUGUAGGUUGUUUUUCUAAGUUUUAAACAUUUAAACAUUGUAAAAAUAUUCAAAGCACAUACCCACAAUUUUUUUGUUUCAAACUUUUUCUAUAACUAUAUUGUUCUCUUCACGGUGCACAGUAUGGUUUUUGUUUGAAAGUGACAUUGUUAAAAAUUAUUGAAUCACAUCUAUGUUUUCUUUACAUGUUAUACCCUGUCCCUGCACAUGGCUGGGUGUUCAGGUAGGUAGAACCACUUAGGAGGAGGGUUAGAAAAUAAAAAACCCCAUCUUGGAUUCAACUAUUUUCAGAAUGUAGCGGAUUAUUUUGGUUUAUUUUCGAAAUUUUUUUUUUUUUUUUUUUUUUUAAUCGAGGUGUAACACGUAAAUUAUCUGUGUGCCCAAAGUUGAAUUUGCUUCAGCUGAUAUUUUUCCCAGGUGAAAUGAUUGGCAUUCAGUAUUGAAAUAUAUUUUUUUUAAAUGGUGACAAUCUAUUAUCAGUGAUGUUUUUUUACAGUUCACUUAAGGAAACAUUUUUGGACACUGCAGUGAGUAGUGGGUUUUCUGGAGGUGCACCUGGUUCUUUCAUUGGGCAAUUUCUAGCUUCACAGCUUUUCUGUAAAUAGAAUAAUAAAAUUCAGAGUUUUUUUAACACUACAGACAUUCUUCUAUUUACCCUGAAAAGAGUGUUUCAAAAUUUUUACUGGUUUCUGAGAAAUAACAGUUUAUAGGUUACAUUAGGUAGUCUGUGUAAUGAUGCUGCCGCCACCAUGUUGUUUUUUUUUUUUUUUUUUUGUGUAGCCAAGACUGUUUUCCAUUAGAUAUUGGCCUGAACCUGUUGUUGCACUCUACUGUUUACUUGAUACUAGCUGCAACAUGAUCCUGUGGUUCUCCAGAGAUCCUAAGGAAUACAGGCAAAAUUAAGAUGGAAAAAAGUAUUGAACUGGCUGUAACGUACUGGCAUUUAAACAUCCCUCUUUUAGAAAACGGCUUCAGCUAAGCUAUAGUCCUAAGCAUCUCUGGAGAACCACAGGAUGAAGUUGCAGCUAGUAUCAAGUAAACAAUAGUGUGGUGUCAACAAUCAGGGCAAUCUCGUAGAAAACAGUCUCAGCUACGCUAAUGUAACCAUGUCCCUUAGUUAUUACAAAACAUAUUCUAGUUAGAUAUGUGGAUGUAUACUGGCUCUUCUUAUAGUCAUAUUUAAGUUGAGUUAAAUAGUCAUAUUUGAGUUAAGAGUACUUCAUCAGAGGUUUGGGACACUGCCUAUGUUUAAUUUCUUGAAAUAUUAUUUCAUUUGAAUGUAACUGUCUUAACAUUUCACACUAGAUCAUUUUACUUAUCAGGAAUAAAGAAGUACUUUGCUGGUAGAUUGAAUAAAAGAAAAAAAUAAUAUUCUGAACAUAGUUUUUUUUGCAAUAAUUAGCUAUACAAUAAAUUACUGCAUAAAAGAUUAUGUUAACGAAAUUGCAUGAUCAAUAAUUUGUGAUGUAAAAUAACUUAAUGCAAUUUGUAUAGCUUUGAGGAUGCUAAGAUCAAGAAAUUUAACUUUCUUUUAAAUCAGAGGCCUCUAUAACAAACUUUUUUAAGUUUGAAUUAAUACUGGGACCAAUAAUUUUGGUAUAGUGCUUUAUAUUUGAAGUCGUGAUUUCUUUAUGUUGACAUUACAAAAUCCAACUAAUAUUAUGAAUGUGAAAGUUUGUGUGUGUUUGUGUGUAUGUUUAUCACUCAGUAAAUGCUGAUUGGAUUUUCAUGAAAUUUAGUAUAGAGUUACUUUAGGUCCUGAAGAGUACUUUUCAUCCCGGAAAAAUGUUCCUGUGGGAUAGUAACAGUAACAAAACGCAACCCUGCAAUUUUUGAUUGGAUUUUUUUCUGCAUUUUAGUGAAUUCAGUAGGUGUAUGUCCUGAAAUACAUAAAAGGCCAAGUAGAAAAAUAAAUUAGUUUGAACAUGACAAUGAUUUAAAUAUAAGCUUAUGUGUAUAAGUUUGUGUUAAAAAAAUGAUACAAUUUUAAAAAUAUGUAUCUACCUGUGCAAAGCUGGGUAUCGUAGCUAGUAAUAAUACAAAACACAUCCUUACCUCAGUCUUCCUACAGCACACCAGCCGUCAAUAAGACUGGUGGCAAGGUGAAAGAUUUGUAUUGACGCUGCAAAUUGGAAUAGUAGAAUCCAAAAAGGCAGCAGUGCCAAGAACUUUGAAGCUUGUACUUAGCAUGGUUAGAACAGGUACUGUUUGGAGUGGUGCAGUUUGACCCACAAAUAAUGUGGGUUGGUAUGACAUCAGGUCAUGGCAGUGGCGGAGAGGACCUGAAGUAUUUAAAAAAAAAAUCUAGGGAAAUAAAACUUAUUAUUUACUACAUAUUAGAUCUUCUGGCUAAAAUGGGAAUGAUAUCCCCUAAUACACGACUACAUCUUGUAUGUAAUAUAACUUCACACAAUAUUAUUUUAAUUGACACACUGACGAUGUAAAGAGGUGGUGGAACAGAAAACAAUUGCCUCCCCCAAGCAGAACCACAGCCGUGUUAAACCUGUUCGGAAGGCCCCAAAUUUGUGUAGUACUUAGAAGCACCAACAGAUGGCAGGCAUGUCAAGAAAGUAAGCACAGGUAUGCAAGUAGUUAAAAAUUUGACUGACAGGGUGUACAGUAUCGCGUGGAGAACCGCGCUCCACUCCCGGUAUUGUCAGGGGAAAUGGAGGGGGGGAAAGUUUGGCAUUAGACUGACAGGCUCAGACCGGGAAUGUUUGUGUGUGUUGGGGGGGGGGGGGGGAUGUUUACAAACUUAGCUGACCAUGCUUAAGGAACUUAGACGCAGGGCGAGCGGGGCAGAAACUAUUGACAGUGCUAGGAAUGCUGGCCACAGUAGCGUAGCGAGUUCCAGAUGUGUCAAGGGUGUCGGGACAGGAUACAGAUGUGUGAGAAGGUGUGUUCAAAGAUGUGCUAUCCAAGUCAUGAUGUGCGCGGCACGCUAUUUUAGAUGUGAGUGUACCACGUGUCUGAGAAGAGUCCUAUAUGAGCUAAGCCCAGUAGCAGCCUAGAGGAAAGACGUGGAGAAAAUACAAAUUAAACGAUCUUAAAGUAUUAGAAUUUAUUUAAAAAUUGCCUAAUGUUUCCCUUCAAAUUUAUAUCUUGUAAAAGUUUUAACUGAUUAAAUUUGAAAAAAAUAGUGUUCCCAUGACAUUAACUUAAAGUGACACACUAAAAUUAGCACAAAAUACAUUUACAUCACUGUAGAAAGCACAGGCGAUCCGAUCAGGUCACUAUCACAUUGAAAACAGUCUCGGCUAUGCUAGCAAAAAAAUAAAGCACAACAUGGCACUGGCCACAUCUUUGCUCUUGCUACCUAAUGUAACCUGUAAAGGGUAAUUUCUCAGAAACCAGUUGGAAUUUUAACCUCCUCAGUGGAUUUGGGCUGUAUACUGUACAUCACAAAUUUGGAAUGAUUCAGAGCCGAAAACGUAUUACACAUUAUAAAAAUAUGAUGUAAUGUUUUUUCACUAAUGUUGGUGGUCCUGUAUACACUUAUACUUGUAUCAUAUCUAUGACUUCGUUUGUUUACGAUUUAUAGUAUGUACAGUAUAAUGUACAUUUUCCCUCAAUUCAAAUCGAUAAAAGAAUGUUGUUUACAUCUGUCAUAUAAAAUAUGUUUAUAUUUACCACUAUUUUCUUUGAAUAACAUGUAAUAGCAAUUAAAUUUUACGUUACUAAUAGAAACAAUAUCAUUAUAUUAUUCUGAAUAAAAAAUACACAAAACACAAAUAUUCAGUAAAAAUUAUAAAAUAUGACAUAAAAAAUCACACAAUUUCGUAAAAUACCAUAAAAUGUGUGUGUGUGUGUGUGUGUGUGUGUAUAUAUAUAUAUAUAUAUAUAUAUAUAUAUAUUUAUUUAUGUGGAAUCAGGCCAAUUCUGUGAACAUUCAAAUGUUAAAACCUAAAAUUUACCUAAAUUCACAAACCUACAAAAAAAAAACUAUUUUCUUGUGUGAAAUUCAGUGAAGCAGUUUCUUUUCUGAUUUAUACAAAGAUGUACCAUACACUUUUUACAAUAGAAAUGGGUACGAAGCUUUCCACAAUUGACAUUUUUGCACCGUGUUGGUUCCUUUUUUCCAUCAUGUAGUGGCAAAUGAUCGACAUUGUCCAACUGAACAGUUCCCAACGGUCGCUGUUCCGUACGACCUUUGACAACUUUUGGAGCUGGAGGUGAUGCUGACUCUAUGGAUGGUCUUCCUCUUUUCUUGCAUGCUACCGUCUUUCCCACCUUUAUCAACUCCUCAGCCAACUGAAGACGGAAGUGAAGGAGAUCGAGCUGAUCCUUCUUUGGUGUGUUCACCUGAACACGCUUGUAUUCCAACCAUGAAUUGGUAAUUGCCAUAUCAAUGGCAUGAAAAAUAAGCCAGAGCGUCCAUUUUAUGGAACGAACAGUUAUUCGGUACAGACUUAUGAAUCUGUCAAACAAAUCCACGCCUCCCAUUGCUGCAUUGUAGCACUUGGUCACUUCUGGGCGAGUGAUGUUGACAUACUCUUUUGCUGCAGUAUCCCAUCUUUUUGCAGUGUCUGUUUCACCUAUGCCUACAAAGUUGGAGGCAAAUAUAACAGAUCUGUUGUCUAACCAUUUGGUUACAACUAUGUCACCAUCUUCACUUACAACUUCCUCACUAUGUCCUCGUUUCAUCUUCUUUUGUUUCAGGAUUUUGUCAUCAGUCAGUGGUGGGUUACAAAACCUGUUGAGGCGAACAGUACAUGCAGAAAAUAUAUUUCGACUUUUUAGGAUCUGUAAUAGGGGGUAAGAAGAAAAGUAAUUAUCAAAAUACAGGCAGUUGCCAGCAGUCAAUCGCUCCGAGAGUUUCAGCACCACAGCUGCUCCUAGUCCGAAUGAUUUCAAUUGUUCUUGAUCAAGCUCUGUAGACUUUCCUUGAUAAAGAAGAAAGUCACAACACAUCCCACUUUUCCCACACAAAACAAAGUUUUUAAUACCCCAUGGGCUGGGCUUUCCCUUUACGAAUUGUUUCACAGAGAUUUUACCAGUAAAAGGUAUCAUCUGUUCGUCAACUGCAACAUCUUGCUCUAGUUCCAACUCCCGACAUCUCUUUAGAACACUAUCAAACAAUGGACGCACUUUGUAAAAUACAUCUCUUUUGAUGUUGUUUUGUGAAGCAGCUUCCCAAUUGUCCACAAAAUGCAAAUUGUUGCGGAUCUGAAAAAAUCUUUUGCGAGAAACUUUCGUAUUAGAUACAAGCUCUAUGUUGAUUGUUGGGUCCCAAUAAAGCUCAGCUCGUGGAAGUUGGAGUGAGCCCAUUAGGAUAUGAAGAGCAAUCACAGACUCUAGUUCAUGAAUGGAGCAGUCCUUGAAUGUUUUGUUAUUUUGUAGGGCAUACAUUUGAGUAAAAUUGCAUGCAUCUUCUAACAGUGAAACUGGAACAUAUUUGCGAAAUAUGUGGAGUGGGGAGGGAAUAUCAUCCACAGGAGAGGGCGAAUUCCAUUCCGGGGUUGGUCUGCAUGUGUAAAUUUUUUUUGUCCAACGAAUUUCACUUUUAGGUGUAGUCACUGUGUUCAAAGAUUCUCUUACACUUUCCUCCACGACAGAUAAAUCUUCCACAGCUGUACAUUCUUCAAUAGCUGCAACGUCUUCAACACCUACUAAUUCUUCGCUGUUAUUUUGAUGGAUUUCUUCUUCAAAAUUUACCUGAUCAUUUUCAGAGUUCACUUCAGAGCCCACCCGAAAUCCCGCAUUAUAUAAUUCUUUGUCACACACAAGUUCUUCAUUGUCGCUCAAGUUUUCUAGAUCAGAAACAUUUCCAGAUUCAAUCAAGUCCAAUAUAUCACUUGUAAAUACAAUUUUACUGUAAGUGUGCUCCAUAGCACUCAUUAUUUACAACAAUGUAAUCGAAACAAGCUAUACAAAUCACUACAAAACAUACUCUACUGACAUGACCAUGUACACUAUACUGUACAUUAUUUUUCUUGACCUGUUAUUGUUGAAAAUAAUCAACUUUUCAGACACAAUUCAUUUUAUAUUCUCACAUCAAUACUUCUUUUGUGUGCAAAUAUAAGAUUUUUUGAAACAGAGACUAUAGCAACUACGUCACAUUCGUUUCUUUGAGCAUCUACAACAACGCAACACCAAACCGCCAAUUUUGAAACAACAAAUCAAAAUUCAUAGAUAUCAUCACAAACUAUAGACACCUACAUUACAUAUAUUAUAAGUGCAGUAAAGUGUACACUGACUUUCAAACAAUUUUCUGAGGGGUUUUGUAUUUCUUUGACCUAAUCACAAAUCUGUGUACAGUAUAAUGUACAUUCGCUUUAAAUUGUUUUCAAGCAGUCUUAUUAAUUUGCCACUGAGGAGGUUAAAAUGCUCUUUUGAGGGUAAAUAGAGGAACAUCUGUAGUGAUUAAAAGACAACAUUCAGAGUUGUAUUUUUUUUACGGAAAAGCCGCAAUGUUAGAAAUUUACCUUCCUAUUCAUCCAUUCGUCAGUGCUAUAUUAGCAUCUCACCACCUUCUGUUGUGUCUAACGACUUUGAUUUCUACAGGACGUUAAACUCAUCUACUCACUUUCCAAUUUUUACAGCAUUAGAAAAUAUUUUAACGCUAUGUGCCUUAAAGAAGGCAAAUUGUUAGUAAUAAACAUUUUUAACAACCUUUAAACUGUUUCAAGUUUCUAUCUCGUGCCCUUAUAUCUUGGCACUUAUUAAGGCUUGGGAGAUGCACACUGGUCCAUCUAGAUUCUUUUAGAUAUGAUUAAGUAGGGAGACUUCUAUAUGACUGUUCAGUACCACCUUGUACUUUUUAAUUCAAUUUAAUGGCCUGUGACCGUAUUAAGCCCACCUACUGAAUUAUUCCUCAGGUUGAAAGUGAAGCAUUGCAGUUACACACUAUAAUAAUCUCAUCCCCAUCUUCAAUGAUAAAGGUAACAUACGCUUGCCCUCACGGAAUUAGCCGAGCGGCCACCGACCUCUCUGGUCUGUGGGCUGCAGGAAGACAAUGGUUACGUAGGUGGUUUCUGAUCAAUCCAUUUACAUACCUGAUUGUUUGAGAUAGUUAAACCAAACUGCUUUUAUUUGAGUUUUCCUUAACUAUAAUAUUAGUAAUAUAUUGUCAAAACCUUGCCGUACUUUGUUUUAUAAUUGUUUUAUAUGUCGGUAUUGUGUUAAAAUAGUGCAACCAUGAGAGUUUUUAUUUAUAUUGUAUUACCUUCUAUAGCUUCUGCAUCUCUAGAAAUUAUGUUGUAAAGAAGCUUUCGGAUGAAAAAUGAAGAAAUUCCACAAAAUGUAACAUUGCAGUCAUCCUAGCAUAGAAUGAAACAUUUAAACUUAAUAAAACAAAUUUGGAGUUUCGCAAAGCUUGUUGAGAAGACAGAUCGUAUUCGCAACACUUGAACUAGAUUUUAAUGUAUUGUAUGUUGAUUUUAAUUCUUAUUUCAUCGAUGUUAAUUGUGUAUUGUUUGUCUGCAAUAUUCGACACACUUACUUCAUUAAGUUCACGAUUUAAAAUUCUAUAUUACCUGAAUGACUUUUUAGUUCUUAGCAGCUGUAUUUGUAUUUUUUUGAAAGCAUUUCAAAACACCAUAAAAUCUUUUUUUUUUUUUUUCUUGAUUUUGCAUUUAUUCAUCAUUAUUUUCCUGAGAGUAUUGUAGUUUUAAAGUUUACAACUUUUUACAUAAUUCUUCAACCAUCUGCAUAAGACAGUUAAUUUUUGAAUCAGAAUGUUAUUACUACUGCAAGAAAUGUCAUGUUGGACUUGAAUCGCUUAUUAUAAACAAGCACAUAAGUAUAGAAAUUUUUACUCAACUCUACUUUUCCAUUAAAAUAAAUAUAACAUAUAAAUUAUAAUAUUUGAUGUCUGUAAUUUCAUAACACUUGGUUAUGGAUAGUUUGGGCAUUAAUUGUAACUUGAUGGAUUGCUAAGUAGUGGCAAUGGAGGUUAUACAAUUCAAGAUGUAACAGGUUAGCAUAACAGCACAGGCAUAGAAAAUCACAUAGGUUGUGCCUAAAAGCUUAAAACAUUUUAUUAUAAUAAGUACCAUCUUAAUUUUUUAGCUGUAUUUGAGAAUUAAGUGACUUAAACAAAGCUUAAAUAAGUAGUUUUCAUAAUUGCAGUGAUGGGUCAAUCCACAUAAAAUGUUAUUAAAAACAUAAAAAUCUAUUAUUAUUAUUAUUAUUAUUAUAAUUAUUAUUUCCUAUCUGCUAGAGGUAGCAACAAAAUUAUUGGUAGAUUAUUACUAACUGGGACUGUUAACAAGUUUAUCAAAUAAUUUUAAAAAUGUUGACUUAUCAUCCAAGGAUUUUCUAAGAAGGUUAUAUUGGUUAUAUUACAUAAUGUUUCUUCUAAACUAUAUAAACUUGCUAAGCGGGAACACCUACUUAAGUGAGAACUCUGAUAAGGAUUUACUGUAAAUGCUUUAUGGUAAGAUUAUAAAAGAAAAGGGACGUAAGUGGCCCAUACAUGUACAAGCUCGGUUCGCGUGUUUGGCUCGGCCUACGAAGAAGGAAAUCUGCACGUAUGAGGGCUGUAACAAGCCAGACUUGGUGUUUGGGCGCUCUGAGCCCAGCUCAUUUGGACAGGGCCGUCGGCAUCGCUCGACUCGCUUCUGGCUUGCCAUUGGCUAAUGAGUGUGUGAGCUGGGAUCAGGUUUCAAUACGUGCUUCUUCCACACUUUCUCAGUCUAUGAUACAUCCCGACUUGUACCUUACUCUCUUUUUUAUGCUGCAAGUACUACAGUGUUUCCACACAUUAUCUUGUAUGGGAUAAUAUAUAGUUGACAACUGAUUUCUAUGGGUCAGGUUUUUAUGGGGAAAAGUUUGAACAGAUUUUCUGUUAGUGCAGAGGCCUCAUCUGCACAAGGAAAAAAUAUAUAUAUUCUCAACAGUGUCUUCACUUUUCAGAUUAUUAUGUUCACUCACCAUUCUUCAAAUUACAGUGAAAACACUGAUUCUUCAAUUGCACCUCCAUCAGAAAUUUACCUGUUGCAUCUUACAUCGGCCAUAAAUUCUGAGUUUGUUUCCACAAGUCCUAUGAAAAUAAGGCUUUGGCAUCAUUUGUAGUGCCUUCAUUAGAAGGUUUGUUACCACCCAAGCAACCAUCACAAUUGGGAAGGUUCCAUAAUGUGAUCAUAUUCCAUUCUUCUUGAGUGGUUGGAAUGGAAGAGCUGCAAGUAUGCAUAAUAAAAUUCAAAUUUGGUACGGGGUGCCCUGGGAGUUGCUGCUUACAUACAUUUUUUUUCUCCAUUCCCCAUUCUCAUACAUAAUGCCAUUACCUUGACAAUAUUCCUCGCCCAGAAGGGUCAGGUGGCCUGUUGAACCUCCUCCGUGUUAGGGAUUGGGGCUCGCAGUAGUUCCCCAUGAAUGAUGAAUAUCCAAUAAGUGCGAGUCAUUAGCCGUGUUGAUCAUGUCCCUGCCCUUUGUCAAUGAACCAGUUUCAAUUCUUUUUCUGAACCUUUAUAAAAAGUUUCCCUACAAGUUUUUUUAACAAAAGGAAUUUUUUUAUUUACUUAUAUAACCAGGAUCCAACUUUAGUAAAUGUAAUGAAAAAUUUUCUACAAUUCGCAGGAAUGUACUGAUUUUUAAGUUAGAAAACUAAUUUCCACAUGCAACUAAAAACUGAAGUAAGGCAUCAAAAAUAAAAAUGUAAAUGCUAGCAAAAGGCUGCUGGAAAUUAUAGUUUCGUAACUUCCACUAUGUAUUCAGGGACUUUUUUGAGACUUUCGGGACCCGUAGACUUCCUGUUUGUACACACUGCCCGUCACUGCUACCAGUUGAAUGGCUGAGUGACGUCUUCAGACUGGUGUGCAACAGCUUGCAAGCUGUUGAUAACCAUUGGAAAGAUGUAGAUAAGAUGUAGCAAGGUUUCCGUGGGUGAAACUCUCCCCCCUCUUCCCUUCCUAUUGUAGGCCCUUGCUGAGAUGUCUUGCCUAUAAACUCUUUGAUCUUCUGUGUCGUGCCAAGUUUGUCAUCUUUAAUGUCCUGUUCCAAUCCUUUGUCAUUGUGGCUCUCUGUGUCCUUUGCAUAGAACAAUGUCACAUUAGUCAAGAGAUUGGAGACUCAAAAGAAGAUUAGAAUAGGAUUUCAAAGAUGCAAAACCUGUCUCUACACAGGAGUUCAAAAGGUUAAGAAGUACGUAUACUCCAUUGAAGACAGAAAGAAAUUGAGUGAAAAUGAGAAAAUUAUAGUCUAGGCCCUAUUUCCUGUUACAACUUUAUUAUAUUGACAAUAUGCACUACAAAUUUGCCGGUAAGAUUUUUGCUUUAUCUAGUGUUAGGUUCAUAAUAAAAUAAAAUAAAAACCAUAUCCAGGAGGAUAAAUUAAUAAGGUGUAAGAACUGGUAAAUUUUUCAAUCACUCUUAAUUUAAUGACCCAUCUGCAUUUGGGACCCAGUUAUGUGUUAUUUAAAGUGUGUGGGUUCAUACAAAUGUAUUAGUCAAAUUGUAAUUUUUGGACUAUAUGUAUAAUUAGUUAAUAUGAUUACAUUAUUAUUCAUUAAUUAUUUACAAUACAGAAUAUAUUUAUGCAAGAAUAUUUUACUGUAAUAUCUUUAUAUUUACUUAAUUAUUGUUGUGAUUUUCAUGAAACAUUAUUUCUGUGGCAUUAUGUACUCGUGUUUUUUUUUUCUAACUUUAAGAAAAAAUUAUAAUGUAUUGCAUGUUUACUGUUUAUCCUUGAUUGUUCAAAUUUCAUAAUUAAAACUAGUUCAUACAUGGAAUGAAUUAAUAUGGAUCCUACUAUGAACAUUGUAACUAGAGCUGGGCGGGAUCACGAUUUUACAGGAAAAAACAGGAACGCAUCUUUCUGGAAACAUUUUAAAGUGCCAAAAUUGUUUUCAGCAAAAUAUUUAUAAUAAAAAAAAGUACUCCACUGUAUCCUAAGUUGAUGCAUGUACGCAAUUGCAAACACACCAUUUUCAGAAGUUCAUACUCAGUGUUUGUGUAAACAUGGUAAACAUGUAAGAAACAAUUAUUUGUUUGGUUCAUAACAUGUGCAGGUAUAGGGGAAAAGAAGUAAAUUUGGCUUUUUUGCUUAAAUUUUGUGGUUAUUAUAAAAUUAAAUGAAUUUAGACUUAUUUUAUGGUAUGUUGCGGUUUGUGAAAAAUACAUGCUUCUACAAAAUUAUAAUCGCAAGAUUUAGGCCUUCACAAUAAAUUACCUAUGUGAAAAUAGACAAAUUAUGCCUGAUCUUGUCCCAUUUCCUGCAGAAAAUGUUUUAUAAGCAAAAUUCUCUAUCCCACCUAGCUCUAAUCUUAACCAUGUCUGUUAUGAAUUAUGUUGAUUAAUCAUCAUUGAAAAUUGAAUCUUAGGGUUUAUUUAUGUGUUAUAAAUAUAAUAAUUUUAAAAAAUAUAUGUUUACACACAUUUUUAAUUUUUGUCAAGCAUUUAUGCAGUUAUGCUUUUAAUGUACAUUCUGUUUCAUGUACCUAUUGCAUGCAGCUUUUUCAAGGUUACCUAAUAAUGUAUUAUUUUUUAUAAUUUUAAGUGUCAUAAAGUAUCUGGGGUACAAUUAUGUGAGUAAUGAGUGAAAUAAUUUUAAAAUUAACGAUGUGCAGUGAAAAGCUAUCUGAUAAGUUCCUAUAUGUGUUGUGCAAAUCAUGGCUGAAUUAUUUGUUGUAUUAUUAUAACUUGAAUUUCAUGAACAGUAAAAAUUAUGUUAAUUGUUAUUGGCAGUAAAAUGUAUUUUUUUUUGUAAAUACAGCAAGCUAACAGUUAA